GAGGGCCAUACAUACAGAGCCUAUAAAUACUGCAAAUACUCUCAAGGCUGUAACAUAUUUCAUUUCUAUGAUUUAUUAUCAGUAUCCAAGGUGUUUUAAAUAAUUCAAUUUUCCCCAAUCAAUGCAGCAAAUCCCUAAGGCCCAUGUAGGUGUGUGUAUUUUUAGUGCUGAAAUUAAAAAUAAUGUGCCUUUCCCAUUCAGUUCUGGCGCCCCUGUCCUGACUGACCUUUACUGAUGUUGGUCGACCAAUGCAGAAAAUAAUGCAGAAAAUAAAACUUGCAGAAUGAGGCUCAAGUUGAAUAACUCAGCCAUCAUGUUAUGACAGUUUAUAGUUUUUUUUGUUCUAGCAACACUAUCGUUUUAUUGCAUAUUCAUUUAGUGCAACAGGGUGCCUAAUUUUCAGAUUUCCAUCGUUAAUUCCUCAUGGCAGUACUUGUUGCAGCAGCAGACCUGCAGCCCACCUGGUUGCGCACCUCUGACAGGUGAAUAGCCGCGUGUGUGGUGAGGCGAUGAUUCGUGGGCAUCCUGUUUCUCUCGGUCUGCCGCUGCCAUGUGAUAGCCGGAGUUUUAUUCCGCGUCUCAGUCAGCAGACAUGCUGCCUCCCCUGCCAAGCAGUAAAACCUGCGCUGACCGCCAGGACGGCCAGAGGAAAUGGUGUCCUGCUAUCUGCAGCCGAGUUCAAUUGGGGUUGAACGGGCAUCAUGUAGUCCAGUCCGGGGGUGAAACCCAGACUGCUGCCUGAGGUUACCUUUAAUUUCUUCUUCAAUGUAUUUAGACAAACUCAAGAUGAUCUCAAUAAUCUGCUUGGCGAUGCUUCUUCCUGAAGUGGUUCACUCUGCUCAGGGUCAUUAUGCCCAGAAGCUCUUGAAUGAUUUGAUGGAGAAUUACUCCAGCGCCUUGCGGCCUGUGGAGGACACAGACAGAGCCCUCAACGUUACCCUACAGAUCACCCUCUCACAAAUCAAAGACAUGGAUGAGAGGAACCAGGUGCUGAUCGCCUACCUGUGGAUUAGGCAGACGUGGUACGACGCCUACCUGAAGUGGAAUAAAGACGACUAUGAUGGACUGGACGUCAUCCAGAUCCCCAGCAGCCUGGUGUGGAGGCCUGAUCUUGUCCUCUAUAACAAAGCCGACGAUGACUUCUCAGGGCCGAUGGACACCAAUGUGAGACUGCGCUACGAUGGAGAGAUAACCUGGGAUGCACCUGCCAUCACCAAGAGCUCUUGUGUCGUGGACGUCUCCUACUUCCCCUUUGACAGCCAGGAAUGUAAUCUCACCUUUGGUUCCUGGACCUACAAUGGCAACCAGGUAGACAUCAUUAUGGGCAUGGACAGCGGUGACCUGUCAGACUUUGUGGAAAAUGUAGAGUGGGAGUGCCAUGGGAUGCCGGCAACCAAGAAUGUCAUAAUGUACGGCUGCUGCUCCGACCCGUAUCCAGACAUCACCUAUACAGUGCUCCUGCAGCGACGCUCCUCCUUUUACAUCUUCAACCUCCUACUCCCUUGUUUCCUCAUCUCCUUCUUGGCUCCUUUGGGUUUCUACCUGCCUGCAGACUCCGGGGAGAAAGUUUCUCUUGGGGUGACGGUUCUUCUGGCUCUGACUGUCUUCCAGCUAAUGGUGGCUGAGAGCAUGCCGCCGUCAGAGAGUGUGCCACUUAUAGGGAAGUACUAUAUAGCCACCAUGACCAUGGUUACAGCCUCCACAGCUCUCACCAUCUUCAUCAUGAACAUUCACUUCUGUGGUGCAGAGGCCAAACCAGUUCCACGCUGGGCAAAAGUCCUCAUCAUUGACUACAUGUCCAAGAUUUUCUGUGUCUAUGAAGUGGGUGAGAACUGUGCCACUGCCUCCUCCUCAUCUUCUCACUCCUCGCAGGAUGAGUUCCGUCAUCAGCACAUCAACUCUCACAUUCAUGCGAAUGGUAAACCUGGGAGACACAGUAACCAAGAGGACCGGCAGAGUCACAAAUACCCCAGACCUCAAACCCCCAAACCCCAACAACAACACAGAGUGAGAGUCCAGCACCACAUCACCAGAGACGAGAACAGCCACCUCUCCAGUUUUGCACCUGGCAGGUAUGAAAGCGCUAAUGGUAAAAUCUCUAUGGGUGACUAUUAUAAAGAAGACCAGAAGGUGCCGUGUUAUCCUGAGGACCAGAAGAUUCCCUGCUGUCCUGAAGACAAGAAGCCUCCACCUCAAGGUCCCACUGUCACCUUCGGCCCCUGUGUGUUCUGCAGCCAUGGCAGUGGCAUCCCUGGUGUGGACACCAAGCUGGUGCGCAACGUUGAGUAUAUUGCAAACUGUUUUAGAGAGCAGAGGGCCACAUGCGCCAAGGGAGCAGAAUGGAAGAAGAUCGCUAAGGUGAUGGACAGGUUCUUCAUGUGGAUUUUCUUCAUUAUGGUUUUCCUCAUGAGCAUCCUCAUCAUUGGAAAGGCACCGUGAAAAAGCUGUGAUGCUACAGAUUUUUAAAAAAAUAUUUGACUCAGUGAACACUUUUUGGUCAAAUACAAAAAGUCAGAGGGAGUAAUUUCUUUUUUUAUAUAAUUAUUGAAGCAUACUGAAUAUGAAAUGUAUGGAUUUUUCUUUAAUAAUCUUAGUAUACAGUAGAUUACAAAUAUUUGAAAAUAAACAAAAUUAAGUUUG